AUGAAGGACCAGGGCGAAAGGGGCGGGGGGAAAUCCCGUCGAUCCAAUGGGACGAUGCGAAAUUCCAACGCAGGCAAGUCACCUAGUCGUAGGGACGACUCCAACGUGUAUAACUCCCCCCUGAGUAGUAGAGUCCGAAAUGUGAAUGCAUACGAAGAUGUGGACAUAACCGCUUUUCAGAAGGAUGGGUCGCCAGGCAAGCUCUCCAUAAGGUGCGUUACAAAUCGAAACGAAGUGUCACCCAGCGGAGUGUUAGGUUCCCUUAGGAAGAACAGCUUCAAUAGAAACGAAGAAGUAGCGCAGAGGCAAAAUAUACAGUACCUUCAUGUGGAGGAGUCGGUUAGGAACCUUCACCAUAAUAAUGCAUUUAACUUCACCUGCUCACCUACCACGUCUAUGACCGUCUCCACAACGACACCUAUGUAUGGAUACUCUCAUGAUCAUUUGCAUAUCUUGGAGAGUGAUGAUUCUCCUAUGUUUGAUGAUCUCCUCCUCGAUGACGCGCGUGAUGCUGAGGGGGGUUACUUCCGGCUGGGGUCGCCCACUGCGGGUAGCCCUAGGUUGUGUUUCGAGGAGGUGGGUAGCCCUCGGAUGUGUUUCGAGGAGGUGGGUAGCCCUCGGUUGUGUUUCGAGGAGGCGGCGAACCCAGGGAGGCACUACCCAAACGAGCACACUGCACACGACUCACACGACGUUAGCGACAGAACAAGAAGUAACCUCCCUUCGAGGAAGGAACCAAAAGGAAGAAGGAGAAGAAGAAUCCUGUUUACCAGCUUCUCCAAAACGAUGAGUCUACUCUGUAAUGAAGUCCUUUCCAAGUCGUUUCAAACGAUGGUAUCGUAUGUCAUCACGACUUCGUUUUUUAUUUGUUUGAAUCUGUACGUGUCUAAUUCGUGUACAUAUGAAGAGAUAGGAGGGUUCGGAGUAGCUGUGUCAGUGAUUACGUUACUGAAUGCAGUGGUCGACGGAGUGGGUAACAGUUUGGAUUAUUUCUGUAGCUGUUCCAUCGGGAUGGCAAACACAGAUUUAUCGCUGCUCUACUUAAACAUAGCAUACUACACCUUUUAUUUGUUCUUCGCGAAAGUGUUGUUCGUUUUUUUCCUGGCCAAGAUUCUGUUUCUCCUUUUUUUAAAUUACCUUUACGCGGGUGUCGAUAGCGGCGUCGAUAGCGGCAUCGGUAGCAGCAUCGGUAGCAGCGUCGGUAGCACCAUCGGUAGCAGCGUCGGUGUUGCGAGUGACCAUUGUGAGCACGUGCAGAUGAUCCAUGUGUUCUGCUCGUCCCUGCAAAUAUUGCUUGUCUCGUUUUUCCCUCAAUUUAUUUAUGAGUCCACUAGACGCUAUUUGAUUCUUCAUAAUUACAUAUACCCCAGCUUGUUCUCCUCGUUUGUUUCCUUCAUUUUGUUGAAUUUUUUUUGCUACGUUUUCGUUUUCUCCUUCGACAUGAAGUAUGUCGGGGCGUGUCUAUCUCUUCUACUCACCAAUGUUUUUAAUUUUUGUUGCGUUUUGUAUUUUUUGAGGAUCCACUUGGCCAGGUGUGUGUCUUCGCCGAGGGGGGCGCACCAGUUGGCGGCGUGCCCGGAGGAGGUUUUUCUGAGCGGAGACCACUACGUCGAGGUGGGGGAAGAGGUUAGCGAUGAAAACAGCGAUGAAAACAGCGAAGGGGAUAGCGAUGACGAGGUCGAUGAGACGAGCGGAGCCGAAUGUGAAGACGACACACUCAACGGAGGAAGCGGCGGAUCACACAGCGGACCACGCAGCAAAACUUGCGAAGACCCGCAGCACUCGCUUGACGGCGCCGACCGAAGAAUCCACAACCUGACCUUCCUCUUUUUCCACAAACCACCUGACGACAACCGCAAAAGGGGCUUCAUAAAAACGACGCGCACGAACAUAAAAAAUAUAUUCUUUGAAAUUCUGUCGUUCGAGUUCCAGCUCUUCGAGUCCACCUACCUGAGCCUAACGUCCGUGGCUACCUUUGUUCAAAUUAAUAACAUCCUCAACUUGGUGUACUACGUGUCUAAUUCGUAUGGCAUCGUUCUUAGCAAGCUGAUCGGUAUUUAUGCCUCCUCGCGCGGGGGGAAGGGAAUGGACGGGCAGAGCAGAAGGAGCACAGAGGGCGAAAUGGACGGGCAGGACAGAAGGAGCACAGAGAGCGAAAUGGACGGGCAUAACAGACGGGGUAGACGGAGCGCAAUUGAUACGCAGAACAGACCAGGUGGAAGACUUCACAACUGUGGGACGGAGCCCCUGCGCAGCGGUGGCAGCGAGUGGGGGCACCAUGGAACACAAAGCAAGGAAGAAGAACACGCAAAGGGAACCCUCCCAAUGGCUUUGCAUCACCCAAAAAAGCACACCCUGCGUGAAUUAAAACCCCGGAGAAAGAGAAGCGGAAGUAGAAGCAGAGGCAGAGGCGGCAGAGGCAGAGUCGUAAUAACCGUACUCGACAUAGUGCUUGCCUUUCUCCUCAUGCUGACGUUCCUGUCCUUCUUCUUGGCUGCAGCGUACCUCUAUCGAGAUCAGAUCAUACCCUUCGUUUUCACAGACGUAAAUAUACAACAGAAAUUAAAAGGGGUCAUUUUUGUUUUUGUAUUGGAGCUUUUUUUAGAAGUCCUUGCAUCUUUACUCAAUAGCAUUAUAAAGGGUCUGAGUCUACAGGAAGAAAUAUCAACCUUCACUCUUUUGAACUUCGUUUUCUGCAUGCAUCCCCUUGGGCUUCUGUUGACUUUUAUUCUGCACAUGGACAUUUAUGGCUUUGUGUAUUCUAACCUCGUUAGCAUGGCUGUGCAGGUCGCUUACUUGGUUGUCUUCCUCGCUCUUCGUGCGCGGGGGGGGCUCGGGAAGUAG